AUGAGAUUCUCCAAAGUAUUUUCUUUUUUCGCCUUUUUCAUUGCCCUUAAAUAUUUUAACAGAUGCCUUGGUGAUCAAUUAGAUAUGGGUUCCGUACACAAUAACAAUUCCGUUGUAGGAAACUCAUCAUCACAUUCACCAUCAUCAUCAUCAUCUUCACCAUCUUCUUCUUCUUCUUCAUCAUCAUCAUCACCAUCUGCAUCUUCAUCUUCAUCCUCAUCAUCCCCAGCUUCCUCAUCUUCAAGCCCAUCAAGCACAUCAGAUGACAGCAAAAAUGCAUCCUUAGAUAAAAUCGAUGAAGAACUCCAAAAGAAAAAGAAAAACGAAAAAUUACUUUUAAUAUCCUCUAUUGCCACAGGUUUAGCCGUUUUAGUAGGUGGAAUAAUAGGUACUGCUUUAUACGCAAGCAGAAAAUCAUCAAAAGCCUGCAAAAAUAACGUUGACGAUUUAGAUUCAGAUGUUGAAGAAGCCGAUGUUACCGAGGAAUCAGCUGUUGAAACCAAGAAAGACGAAGUCAAAACCGAAGAACCCAAAAAAGAACAAUAA